AGUUAUAAAUAUUGAUUCCUCGCUAUGGUAGCGUCUUUAGUAACGGAAUAGAACCGACAUGGCGCAUCCAGGGCAAUACGGAGGCGCUCCGCCCCAACAAUGGCAACCAGGCAUGGGGCCUCCACCCGCGGAUUUCCGGCAGGGAAAUGGACCUCCUCGACGAGGGGGUGGUGGUGGUGGACCUCCUCCGGUGGCCCCACCCCCAAUGCAGGGUAUGCCCCAGUUCUCGGGGUAUGAGAAAGUCGGCGGAUUCGGGCAAAUGCAUUUUAUGCCCCCUCCCCCUCCACCCCCACCACCAUCGGGUCCACCUCCACCAAUGGAAUUCUCGGACAUUGCUAAUUUAGACGAAGCGGCAUGUCGGCAGGCAAUGAUCGAAUUUGUGGCAGAGAAUUGCUGCUAUGGCGCCAAACCAGCUGAGGAGAUGACCAUUACACACCAUCACGGCCUCACUGCCUUCCAUUACACCUUAGAAACAUUUACUGAGGGUAGAGAGACAGGGUAUAAGCACGUGCCUUACCGAGGUGGCCCCGUGGAUGGCCCGGAGAACGGCCCACCGCCCCCACCAUGGAACAUUCAUUGUCUUGCCGACAGCAUGUUCCACACUCACACGAAGAAGAUGGAGGUUCCUCAUACAGCAACUGUCCGCCCGUGUCACCGCUGUGAUGCUCAGGGUUACUGGAGGUGUUGGGAAUGUCACGGUUGGGGUCAGACGGAAUGUGAUAACUGUGAUAGGCGUGGGUGGCACGAGCAUUUUGACCACAAUCUAGGUCACCCUGUUCGUGAGACCUGCCAUCGAUGUCAUGGAGACGGAAUCUGUAGUUGUGAUAGAUGUGGAGGAGACGGUAGAAUUACAUGUGAUGAAUGUGAUGGCUACAGGAACAUAAAAACCUACAUAGAACUGGUUGUCACUUUUAAAAAUAAUGUUGGCGAGCACAUCAUCGAGCGCUCCGACAUGCCAGAUCACCUGGUCAAACAAGUAGGCGGAGAAAUGGUGUUUGAGCAGGUCUUAGAUCAGGUAUUCCCAAUUACCUCCUACCCAAUAGCUGAAAUAAACAAUAAUUCCAUGCGAAUUGUCAACCAGCAUAAAGGUGCAUACGUCAAUGAUAGACAGUUGAAGCAGCGACAACGGCUGCGAGCAGUACCUGUGACGGAGGUGCACUACACUUGGGAUGAGGUGAAUACUCGCUACUGGGUCUUUGGACUGGAACGUAAAGUGCACGCCCCUGAUUAUCCACAACAGUGCUGUUGGGGCUGUACCAUCUUGUAAAAGUUCACGCCAAAAAGGAGAUGUCUUGGACUUCACAUUGGAAAUAGAAAUUACAUUUUUGUUCUGUGAAAUUUAAAGUACAUGUAGAAAAUUAUCUUAAGCAUUGUGUCUGAUAUCUUUCAAAGUCCUCGAUGUUAUCAAUGUGAUAUUAAUCCUUCUAAAACCAAUAUUUCAAUUAUUGCGCUUGUCUACUAAUCUUAUUUUAAAUGUGUCACCUAUUGGGCAGGGUAUAACAUUAGUAUGACGCUUCAGAAAAGACAUUGAAUUUCAAUCAAUGGUUUAUUUAUUUAAUGAGGACUGCAAACAGCCCUAGGGCUUGGAAUAGGCUCCCCUCAGACGGUUCCUGUAUAGUUCAUUAUUGACUUGUGUUCUCUUAUAACCUCAUCCAAUUUCAGUAGGUAUUUUACAUCAUACUUUUCACCCAUUCCUAAAACGAACUCACAGAACUGAUAUUAUCCUAAAUUUAGAAUAUAUAGGUGUUUCUUGAAAGAAAUGUAUUGAUGGGAUUGUUUGAAAGAAUUCAAUUUGCAAUAGAAACGAGAUUGUCAAAACCUAUCACAUUAUAGUUUUUGAUUACCAACGGCUUUGAUUAAACUCUGAACCAGGUCACGCACACACGACGUAGUAAGCAGUAUUAUGUAUUUUAGAAUUAUUGUAUAUUUCACAACUGUAUUGCAAAUGUAAAUUUCCUCUGUACUCUGGGAUCUCUACUCCGGUGUGACUGCUAUUAACACAUUGUCUUGGUUUUAACACAAUAUGUUUCCUAGAUGAUUUUAAUCAAGGUGUAUUUAACACAACUAUACAUGUGCCAAUAGUUGGAAGAGUUCAUGAUUUGUACUUGGAAUAUCAAGUGCAUUGAUUAAGCAUUAUUUUUCUAUUGAAUUUUGUAUUUUCUUCUGAAUCUGUUUAUAAAUCUGAAGAGUGAUUUUUCUUUUCUUUUUUUUAUAUUGUGUAUGUAAACAUUCUCUUUCCUGUUUAAUUGAAAUAAAUUGCUGUGAGCGUU